UCCAGGGACGUUAAUGCCUAGUAAAUGCAGAUUGCUUAUCUGUAAUUGCGGCCACAUUGCAUGACCUAUAUACAAGCGAAACAAUUGUAGUGCUUUAAUGUGUUAAUUUCCUUUAUAUUCCAGCGCUGUCAAUUUUGCGCUCAGACCAUAGUGGCUCUGCUGUCGCACAGUGUUUCAUUACCCUCGACCCAUGACAAGUAAACAGUGACCAAAGUUAAAGCGCUUUGAAGAGGGCUUGCGUGACACACUGUUCCUUUACACAUGGAGGUUAGCUGAUCACAAAUCACCAAGCCGGGGACACAGAGACACCAUGGAUCUCCUGAGGCCUGCUCCAGUGGCAGUGGCUGCUCUCCUCCAUUGACGUCCUCUGCUCUGCUCUCUUCUCCUCUUCCUCCACCGAUACUCCCUCUCUCCACUCAUCCACCCCUCCCCCUCAACGCCACCCCUCCCACGUCCACCCACCCAUUCUCUUGCGACCCCUCGUUGUGGCAUCAUGGCGGGGGAGAAGGGACCAGCCAGGCGGAGCGCCAUGGACAUAAAGCGCCUGGCAGGGUUGAUCCAGAGGGGGGCGGGGCGCCUGCUGGUGAUUGACAGCAGGACCUUCUCGGAGUACAACGCGUCCCACAUACAGGGGGCGGUCAACGUGUGCUGCUCCAAGCUGGUGAAGCGGCGACUGCAGCAAGACAAGGUGUCCGUCACCGAGCUACUGCAGCCCAAUGGCAAGGUCAAGGUUGAGAUGGGCAGGAAACAGGAAGUGGUGAUGUACGACCAGAGUUCCAAAGAGGCGGGACAACUAUCCAAAGACUGCUUUGUCCACAUCCUACUGGGCAAGCUGGAGGGCACCUUCCACCGAGUCUCCCUGCUCACCGGGGGCUUUGCUGCGUUCUCCUCCUGUUUCCCCGGGCUGUGUGAGGGCAAGCCAGCUUUGCCUAUGAGCAUAUCACAGCCCUGCCUACCUGUAGCUAAUGUAGGCCCCACACGCAUCCUACCACACCUCUACCUGGGAUCGCAGAAAGACGUCCUCAACAAGGACUUGAUGGUUCAGAAUGGCAUCACGUACGUGCUGAAUGCCAGUAACACCUGUCCCAAGCCUGACUUCAUCAGCGAGAGCCACUUCAUGCGGAUCCCCGUCAACGACAACUACUGCGAGAAGCUACUGCCCUGGCUGGAGAAAACCAAUGAAUUCAUCGACAAAGCCAAGGUGUCAAACUGCAGAGUCAUUGUGCACUGCCUGGCUGGAAUCUCACGCUCGGCAACCAUCGCCAUCGCAUACAUCAUGAAGACAAUGGGCCUGUCAUCGGAUGACGCCUACAGGUUUGUGAAGGACCGGCGGCCUACGAUAUCGCCCAACUUCAACUUCCUGGGCCAGCUGCUGGAGUUCGAGAAGGGGCUGCGGCUCCUUCAAGCGCUGUCGGAUGACAAGACCUCUGAGGGCAAAGGUCAAUCCCAGGGUUCAGAGGUCAACGGGGUCAGCUCAGGUUCAGAGGUCAACGGUCAUCAUGACUUUUCAUUAGCAGAGCCCCCGACCCCUUCAGAACCCAAGCUCCCCUCGCCAACCUCCCUCCAGCAGGGCUUCAACGGCCUCCACCUGUCGGCCGAGCGCAUCCUGGACACCAACCGGCUGAAGCGCUCUUUCUCCCUGGACAUCAAGUCUGUGUACUCCCCUAGCAGCCCCCACUGCCCGCGCCUGGCAGCGCCCACACACUCCGAGGAUGUGCCCAAGCUGUGUAAACUGGACAGCCCCCCUGUCAACGGCAUCUGUCCCCAGUUCUCCCCCGCCCCGGACAGCCCUGGCUCAGCCGAGUCGCCCUUCCCCUCCCCGGGGUGCGGCGGCAGCAUCGGAGGUCUCGGCGUCGGGGGUCCCAGUGAAGGGGGCAUUCGCUCUGGAGGUCCCUCAAUGUCCAGGCCCAGGAGGAAAGCCAAGCACAGCUCUGGAUCUGGUGGAGCUGGAUCCACAAGCACCUCCCCGGUCCACUCCUACCUCCCACACCCCCAGUCCCUCAGCCUGGCUCUGGGACGCUCCCUGCCCGUCCACAAGAGCCCCAGCCUGGACGACAGCCUGAAGGGCUCCAUGCUUCUCUCCCUGCCCACCAUGGGAUCUGGGACCAUGUGGACCAAACACAGAGACACGGUCCAGGCAACCACCCCAGUCACCCCUACCACCGACACCCCCUGGUACUUUGGGGCAGAAGAGGUAGGGGAAGGAGGGAUGGAACUCGGAGGAGGCGGUGGAGGAGGGGUGGAAGUGCGAUUCGGAAGCAGCUCAGCGUACGUGGCGUUCGGGUGUAGCGAAGGGGUGCGGCUACGGGAGAAAGUGCCGCGGGACAAAACGGCGUCGUCGUCAGCAUCAUCAUCACAGCGGGACUCCUCGACGACCGUUGCUAACGGGACGGGCUCCAACAGCAACGAGAAGCAGUUCAAGCGGCGCAGCUGUCAGAUGGAGUUUGAGGAGGGCAUCUCCGAGACACGUUCCCGGGAGGAGCUGGGGAAGAUUGGGAAGCAGUCUAGCUUCUCCGGGAGCAUGGAGAUCAUCGAGGUAUCUUGACAAACCGGACUCCGGACCACAACCUGCUCGCCCAGGGAGGGGGGGAGGGGGGCAAAUGG